AUGAUUCUUCAACAAGCUUCUCCCACUUUUCACUUCUCUCUAUGUCCCUGCAACAACAACAAUGCUUUUCCUUCUAAUUUUCCCCUUUCCAAAACCAUGAAGAAACGCUUUAUUUCUAAUUAUUACUCAUAUCACAAAUUCCGAAGAAAAAAAUUGUCUAUUCACUCCUCUUCCAUUCGUAAACAAGGUUUUAAUAGUUUGAACGCGAGUUCCACUGCACGGGGUGCUAAAAGUUUCUUACUUGAUGAACUUGAAGAAAGUAAGUUGCAAGAUUCACAAGUUCAAUUGGGUUCGAACUUCACUACUUUUCAAGAGGACCCGAUUGUGGAUAAGCUUAGAACUCAAUUGGGUGUGAUUCACCCGAUUCCGUCGCCUCCUAUAAACGGAAACAUUGCUGGUUUGUUUGUGUUUUUUUUCUUUGUUGGUGUUGUUUUUGAUAAAUUGUGGACUUUUAGGAAAAGGAGAAACAAAGUUAGUAGUAGUGAAGAUAGUUUUCGCGGUGUGUGGCCUCAAGUGCCUACUAGUUUUUCUCUGUUUUUGGAAAAGGAUUUGCAGAGGAAAGAGUCGGUUGAAUGGGUGAAUAUGGUUUUGGGGAAGUUGUGGAAGGUUUAUAGAGGUGGACUUGAGAAUUGGGUUAUUGGGUUGCUUCAACCUGUUAUUGAUGAUUUAGAGAAGCCUGAUUAUGUUGAACGAGUUGAGAUUAAGCAAUUUUCCUUAGGGGAUGAACCUUUAUCCGUUAGGAAUGUUGAACGCAGGACUUCUCGCCGUGUCAAUGAUUUACAGUACCAGAUAGGCCUUAGGUAUACUGGAGGUGCCCGCAUGCUGUUAAGUCUUUCUCUUAAAUUUGGCAUUAUUCCAAUUGUUGUACCAGUUGGUGUUCGAGAUUUUGACAUUGACGGCGAACUUUGGGUAAAAUUGCGACUAAUACCAACAGAACCUUGGGUCGGUGCUGCUUCAUGGGCUUUUGUUUCACUUCCAAAGAUCAAAUUUGAGCUGUCUCCAUUCCGUUUGUUCAAUUUAAUGGCAAUUCCAGUUCUCUCAAUGUUUUUGACCAAACUUCUUACAGUAGAUUUACCUAGACUAUUUGUACGGCCAAACAAAAUUGUUUUGGACUUCCAGAAGGGAAAAGCUGUUGGUCCUGUCACUGUUGGUCCCGUUGCUGAUGGUGUUAAAGAUGGAGAAAUGCAAGAAGGAAACAUGGAUUCUGUUGGUGAACUAUCCGUCACUCUUGUGGAUGCUAGAAAGCUUCCUUAUCUUUUUGGCAAGACAGAUCCUUAUGUUAUUCUUAGCCUUGGAGAUCAAACCAUACGCAGCAAAAAGAACAGUCAGACUACUGUCAUUGGCCCUCCUGGAAUGCCAAUUUGGAAUCAGGAUUUCCAUAUGCUAGUUUCCAACCCUAAAAAACAGAAGUUAAAUAUCCAAGUUAAGGACGCAUUGGGAUUUGCAGAUUUGAGUAUAGGUACAGGAGAGGUUGAUUUGGGAUCUCUUCAAGACACAGUACCAACAGACAGAAUUGUGGUUUUACAAGGGGGCUGGGGUUUUAGAGGAAAGGGGUCAUCUGGGGAGAUAUUGCUGAGGCUAACAUAUAAAGCCUAUGUGGAAGACGAGGAAGAUGACAAGACCGGGGAGGAUUUGAUUGAUAUAGAUGCUUCAGAUGACGAGUUGUCUGAUACAGAAGAAGCAAAUGUCAUUGAUCCAAAGGGUGUAAGAGAUUCUAUGUACCAAACAGAUAAAGAAUCAUUUAUGGAUGUUUUGGCUGCAAUUAUUGUUAGUGAAGAAUUUCAAGGGAUAGUAACAUCCGAAGCUGGGUUUACCAAAGGUUCGGAGAAUGGCUCAAAUACAGCAUCUAAAGUAUCAAAAUCUCCUGUUGCCAAUGUGGAAUCAACUCCUUCUAGUUCUGAUAAUUCUGAAGGUUCUGGAGGGUCAGCUUUAUUUUGGCUUGCUGUGAUUACCUGCAUGGCACUAUUAAUUGCUGUCAAUAUCAGUGGUUCAAGUAUCUUCAUUCCUUAA